AUGAGUUUAUUACUUAUUUUCCUAGUAAGUUUAAUAGUUUAUUGUGUAGUUAGAAGAAAGCUCAAAUUAAAUGAUGAAGAUAUAUCAAGACAAGAAGAAAAUCAAGCAUAUCUUGAACUUAACUCAGAUGAGUUAGAAUUAUAUUUACAAUCCAAAGAAUACUUACAAGCUAUUCCCUAUUAUAGAGGAGAAUUAUCUUUAUCACAAAAUUUAUCUAUUCAAGAAAAAGGAAUCAAUGCAUAUGAAUUCAUUAAGGAUAGUCUGUUAACCAAUAAUGAUUUAAUGAUCUUAAAUAAAUAUGAAUUAGAUUUCUUUAAGAAACUUGAAUGUUCUGUCCAAACUAAUUUUCCCCUUCUUAUGAAAAACGAAGUCUACUAUUUUGAAUCUAAAAUCUAUGCAUUACCUGAUCCUGAGAAUACCAUAAUAUCUGUAGGUUUAAGUAUAAAACCAUAUCCUUGGUUUAGAUUACCAGGUAGACAUUUACAUUCAAUAAGUUAUGAUUCAAAUGGAUUCAGAAGAUUUAAUCAACCUUUUAAAUUUGAUCAUGAUCCUCCAUUCCCAAAAUUUGCUGAAGGUGAUGUUAUUGGUGUAGGUUAUAGAGUUAGAAGUGGUACUGUAUUUUUCACUCGUAAUGGUAAAAAAGUUAGUGAAUCAAAAAUUGGUGGUCAUAUAAAGAACUUUAAAAUUCCUCAUCAAGGUCAAUUAUUCCCAAUAAUUGGAGCCAAUAAUCUUUGUACUGUUCAUGUAAAUUUAGGUCAACGUGGUUAUGUAUUUAUUGAAGGAAAUGUAAAAAGUUGGGGUUUAGCUCCAAUAGAAGGUAAUGGACCAGCUCCACCAGCCUAUAAUAAAUUUAAUUCAGAUAUUUUAUUGGAAAGAUCAGAAAUUGAUGAUGAUAAUGACUUGAGUGAACGAGAAAAUGAUUUUCCACCUGACUUUUGGGAAAUUCAUGGUAAUGACGAUAAUAAUGGACAAAUCGAAGGUGAAGGGAAAUUUAUGGGUUCUGAUAGUGAGGAGAUUAUUGAUCAAGAUAAAUUCAGCUACAAUGCUUAUAGUGAUGUCAACUCCAAUGACGAGAGAAUAACUUUACAUACUCUUGCUGCUGUACGUCCUGAAAGACCUCCUUCAUAUAACAGUGAUAAUGACAGCGAUGAUGAAAAUGAAGAUAUUGAUAUUACUGUUGCUACUGCUCAAGAGAAUUUUGAUCAAGAACAACCUGAAGAACAUCCUGAAAACCAACCUGUAGAUGAAGAAAUCAUUGAUGCCAGCAGUGAUGUAGAAGUCGGCAAUGAUUCAAAUGCUACCGAAGAAGAACAAGACAGAGAUACCAAUAUCGAUAUUACUGAGAACUCAUAA